UUCAGGCGCGCUGUUGUCUACCUUUUAUUGCUUCGUUAAAAAGAAGUGUUUGAAGAGAGAUGUCUGGGCGCGGGAAAACUGGCGGGAAGGCGCGUGCGAAGUCCAAGUCUCGAUCUUCAAGGGCCGGGCUGCAGUUCCCCGUGGGCCGAGUGCAUCGGCUCCUGCGGAAAGGCAGUUAUGCUGAGCGCAUCGGCGCCGGAGCGCCGGUGUACUUGGCUGCCGUGCUGGAGUAUUUAACAGCCGAGAUCUUAGAGCUGGCAGGCAACGCGGCCCGGGACAAUAAGAAGAGCCGCAUCAUUCCUCGCCACUUGCAGCUAGCCGUGCGCAACGACGAGGAGCUGAACAAGUUGCUGGGCGGCGUGACGAUCGCGCAGGGCGGAGUGUUGCCCAACAUCCAUGCCGUCCUGCUGCCCAAGAAGACCGAAGUGCUGCACAGUGGCGCGGGCGCGAGCAAGCAGGGAGGCAGCGGGACGAGCAAGGCCACCAAGUCUUCGAAGAUGAUAAUGAAGUCAUCUGCCGCCCCCGUGGCCGUUCAGUGAAGCAAGAAUUAGGCCAGCCCCUCCCGUCCUGGGGCAAAUUCUACCAAGACCCAAAGGCUCUUUUCAGAGCCAC